UCCUCUGUCUAAACCCGGGCCGGCUUCCUAUUGGCUGGAUCCGCUGAGAGUGACGUCAGGGGACGUACUAAGACUAGGGUUGGGCCUGGAGUCGGAGCCAUUACUGCAGAAAAAGGUCCCGAAACCUGAGCAGUCAAGAUGUGUGACUUCACCGAGGACCAGACCGCAGAGUUUAAGGAAGCCUUCCAGCUGUUUGACCGAACAGGUGAUGGCAAGAUCCUGUACAGUCAGUGUGGGGACGUGAUGAGGGCCCUGGGUCAGAACCCCACCAACGCCGAGGUGCUCAAGGUCCUGGGGAACCCCAAGAGUGACGAGAUGAAUGUGAAGGUGCUGGAUUUUGAACACUUCCUGCCCAUGCUGCAGACUGUGGCCAAGAACAAGGACCAGGGCACCUAUGAAGACUAUGUUGAAGGCCUUCGGGUGUUUGACAAGGAAGGGAAUGGUACCGUCAUGGGUGCUGAAAUCCGGCACGUCCUUGUCACAUUGGGUGAGAAGAUGACAGAGGAAGAAGUAGAGAUGCUGGUGGCAGGGCAUGAGGACAGCAAUGGUUGUAUUAACUAUGAAGCGUUUGUGAGGCAUAUCCUGUCGGGGUGACGGGCCCCAUGGGGCGGAGCUCGUCCGUAUGGUGCUGAAUGGCUGAGGGCAGCCCUUCCUGUUUCCCCAGACCCUGUGCCUUUUCCUGUGUGAGACUCUAUCUAGCCCUGAAGGCCUCCUCAGCUGUCACAGCACCUUUCCCAUCUUGUCUCUCUCAGAUAAUGCUUGCCAGCAGCAUUUACCAAAUAAACUUGCUCUCUG